AUGACACUAGAUAUUUCAGAUAACCAUUUUAUCAUUUUCAAGCAUUUUUCAAUUGAUCCAUGUGAAACGAUACAAAUCAAAAGAUAUAAAAGUUUAAAAACGGGUAUAACAGUUAUUCAUGCUAACACUGAAGGUCCACUCGUAAGUGGUUUUCUAACUCUGGCUACAAAAGUAUCUGAUAAUAAUGGUUACCCUCAUACGCUUGAACAUUUGAUAUUUCUUGGUAGUGAAAAAUACCCUUACAAUGGUACUCUUGAUUCACUUGCACCAAGAGCGUAUGCACCAGGAAUGAAUGCAUGGACAGACAUAGAUCACACAUGCUAUACAAUCACAACAGCAGGAAGCGAUGGUUUUCUUCAAUUAUUACCGGUUUAUGUGGAUCACAUAUUAUUUCCUACAUUAACCGAUGAAGGGUUUUAUACAGAAGUACACCAUAUUGAUCAAAAUGGAGAAGAUGCUGGAGUUGUUUAUUGUGAAAUGCAAGCUAGAGAAAAUACAGUAACGGAUAGAAUGCAACGAAGAUUACAUCAACUUAUUUACCCAAAGGAAAGUGGAUAUCAAUAUGAAGCUGGCGGGUUAUUAGAAAACCUUAGAACAUUAAAGAUUGAUUCAAUCCGACAGUAUCAUAGUGAAUUUUAUACAUCUGACAAAUUAUUCAUUAUAAUUACUGGUAAACUUGAUCAAGUUCAUUUUUUAUCUACUCUGGAGCAAAUAGAUAAUGCAAUCCUUGAAAGACGACAAUAUCAAAAGAUGACCUCUAGUAACAAUCAUCAUCAUCCUUGGAUUCCUGCUCCUUUUAUUCCCGAUUUAAAAGAGAAUCAAGUUGAAACAAUUUAUUUUCUUGGUAACAAACUCGAAAAUAGGGGUGAAAUGACUGUUACUUGGCUCGGUCCAAAUUGGAACCAAUUCUUAGAGAUUCAAGCAAUUCAAAUGCUCAACAUCUAUUUAAGUGAUACCCCUAUUGCUCCACUCAAGAAAGUCUUUGUCGAACGAGAUGAUCCUUACUGUACAGAACUAGAUUUUAGUUUACAAGAAAGAAGUCGCGUUGCUAUUACUAUCAUUUUUCAAAAUGUUGCAUUAGAUAAAUCUGACGAUAUUGUCUCUAUACUUAUGUCAACACUAUCUCAAAUCGUAAAUACACAAGAGUUUGAUAUGCAACGAAUGGCUACCUUAAUUCAUAAAGAAAAGUUAAAGUUUCUUGAUGAGUAUGAAACUCGGGCAACAUAUAUGAUAGCAUUACCGGCAAUUACAGCAUGUCUUUAUGGCAAUAUUGAAAGUGAUGAUUUUAUAAAUGCUUUACAGCAAACAAAAUACUUGGAUAUUCUAGCUAAUUUUACAAAAGAUGACUGGCUUUAUAUUAUGAAACGUGUUUAUAUUGAUACGGCUUAUACUGCAUUAAUUGGAAAACCAUCAUUGGAACUGACAGAAAGAUGGAUAAAAGAAGAGGAAUUAAGAAUAAAGGCACAACGUGCGCGUUUGGAUGAAAAUAAACUAAAAGAAUUGGACGCUCAAUUAAGUCAUACAACUCAUGUCAAUGAGGCACGAAUACCAACUAAAAUCAUAGAAGAAUUUCCUAUACCUAGUAUUUCCAGUAUAUCUUCUAUAGAAGUUAUAACUGCUAUCAAUCCAUACCAUUAUUUAAAAGAUACCGUAAUGAAUAACAAUCCUGUUCAAAUACAUAUUAAUAACGAUGGCCAUGCACAUGAUAUUCCAUACUAUAUCCAAUACGAUCAUAUGCCAUCUGCAUUUAUUAGCAUUUCAGUCUAUUUAAAUACUUCAUCUUUACCGUCACAUCUAAGGCCUUAUGGUCGUAUUUAUAUGGAUACGCUAUUUGCUUCACCUAUGCUUAUAAAUCAGACUAAUUAUCUUGAUCAUGUUGAUGUAAUUCGUAAACUUGAUAGAGAUAUUGUUUCAUAUAACGCCACUUUAGGCUAUCAAUCAUCAUUUCGAGAAUAUAUUGUAGUAACAAUGAAGGUAGAAACUAAAAAGUAUAAGUCAGGCAUUAAUUGGUUAAAGCAUCUUUUAUGGGAUAUACAAUUUACACCUGAUAGAUUAACGAUUGCAAUAAACAAGACAUUAAAUGAUAUCCCUCAAGCAAAACGAAAUGGAAAGCUUGUUAGUGAUUGGACUCUUCGUGCUAUUCAUACAGAUAUCACAAAUUCUACAGAGGCUUCCUGUAGUUAUCUUUAUCAAGAAGCUUUCCUUCCUCGAGUAUUAAAUGAAUUAAAAAAAGACCCAUAUCAAGUUGUUCAAGUGAUGAAUGAUUUUAGAUCUAUUUUAUGUCAAGGGAAAAAUUUAAGGAUUCAUAUUAUGGGGAAUAUUUUAGAUUUGAAAAGACCAAAAAGUAUUUUUAGACUUUGGAAACAGUAUCAGGUAAUUAGCAAUAAAUUUAUAACAUUGCCACCUGUUAUUCGGUCAAAGGAUACAUUUGGUCCUUUUGGGAAAAAUCCUGGUCAUUGCACAUCAAUUAUUGCGUUGACUUCGGUGGAAAGUUCAUUUUCGAUUCAUUCUACAAUAGGACCUUCUGACUUUGAUUCUCCAGAGAUUCCAUCCCUUCUUGUUCUGAUGGAAAUGUUACAUGCCAUGGAGGGCGUCUAUAGUCGACUUAUUCGAGGUAUUGGUCUCUCCUACAAGUGCUGGCUUUCGAAUUUAACAGAAGCAGGACUAAUCACAUUCUCAAUCCUUCGCUCAUCUAAUAUCUUUAGUGCAUUUGAACAUAUCAAGAAGGCUACACAUCAACUCGCUACAGGUCAAUUAGAGUUUGAUAGUUAUGCACUAGAAGGCGCUAAAAGUAGUGUUAUCUUUAACAUGGCUGCUUCUGAAAGUACAAGACAAGUUGCAGCUACUCAAUCUUUUAUUAGCAAAGUCUUGCAACAAACUAAAAGACGUAAAUUUGAUUUUUUAAAAGAAAUUCAGGAGGUUACGAUACAGGAUAUUAAAAAUACACAUAUAAAAUAUAUUCAGCCUAUUUUUGAUCCACAUGUUUCAAAUCAUGUCAUUGUUUGUCCCUACUCUAAAAGCCAAGAGAUUGCACAUUCAUUUUUACAUAUAGGUUAUCCAGCUCAAAUUUUGAAAAUUGAAGACAUCUACGCUAAAAACACUUUUCAACAGCAACAGCAACAGCAACAGCAACAGCAACAGCAACAGCAACAGCAACAGCAACAGCAACAGCAACAGCAACAGCAACAGCAACAGCAACAGCAACAGCAACAACAACAACAACAACAACAACAAGAAGAAGAGGAGGAGGAGCACAUCAGCUUAAAUUCUCAAUUACGACCAUUUUGA